CCCAGCAACCCAGACGGAGAGCAAAGAGGUUCCACAGGAGUGUAACUCUUUCCUUUAAGGCCUGUCGAUGAAUUCCUAGUAUUGGCCUCUCGUUAACUUUUUAUGUUCCAGCUAUCUGUGCCAAAAGUGACAAUAAAAAAAGAGCAGUACUCUUAGAAUAAAGUCUACUGGAAGCGAUAAAAGUUGGAUCUCUGAUACUCACAAAAACAUUGGAAAACAGGUCUUUUGGCCUACCAAAGAAGUGCACAACAGCAUUCCUAGUUGUUAGAAGAUGGAGCUUACUGCAGUGGUUCAGAAAAAGCUUGCUGCUCCAGAGAGAUGUCUUUGUUGUAUCCAGGCCAGUUUAAUAAAUCCUAGUAAUGGCAGCAAAAGCCCCAGAAUAUUGGCUAUUGUUGAAAGGGAAGGCGAUUAUGGGCUGUUUGUACACACUACCUCCAGGCUGCCUGUGCUAUCACCUGGAGACCUGACUGUUGAGAAAGCAUUACCUGUUACUAAUGACACCAGAUGCCAAACACCAGUUGCUUUGGGGAGCAUUAAACAAGGUGACCCAGUUCUGCUUACUAUAAUGUGUAGCAGUGAUAAUUUGAAGCUACAAAUUCCCAAUGGACCACAACUAAGUGCUAUGCUGAAAGACCUGAAAAAGGGAAUCGAUGUCUACUCACAAAAUGCUGGUUUUGGUCUUCCUUCAUCUUUUUCCUGGCUUGAUAAAUAUUCAAAGUCACAAAUAGAUAACAAUCCCUUUGCGAAUGAUGUAUUUGAUCCAACAAAACACAUGCCUGAGAAAACUGAACCAGAAGUUUCAGAUUGGCCUUGGGGUCAUAUUGCAAAACCUGUAGAUAAUGGAGCUACUCCAAUGGUCCAUGCGCGGACAUCUCCUGUGUGGAAGCCAGUUGGAUUUGAAGACAGUUUUUCAAACUUAUCAGUUGAUAGUAAAUCAUCAGCUUCAAGUAGCAGAGAAUUGGGCAGUGACAUGUACAGUUCAAUAGAUAGUGCAAUUGGUCAUGCAAAACCUGAAGGCCCCAGGGAAAGUAUUGUUAAGCUGUACAUGUCCAAAGUAGAAGAUCAGUUCACAAGGCUUGAGACUAUUAGGUUAUUUUGUGGUACAUGGAACACAAAUGGUCAGCCCCCAGGUGAUACAGAUUUAAGCCCAUGGCUCGCAUUUGAUCAAUACCCUCCUGACAUCUAUGCUAUAGGAUUUCAGGAGUUGGACUUGAGCAAUCAGGCUUUCAUAUUUGCUGAAUCUCAGAGAGAACAAGAAUGGUUUGCAGCAGUACGACAGGGCUUGCAUCCACAGGCUGCUUAUAAAAAGCUGUGUUUAAUUCGUCUAGUCGGGAUGAUGCUUAUAUUAUUUGUAAAAAAAGAACUGACACACCACAUUAAGAAGGUGAAGGCAGAACAGGUGGGGACAGGGCUACUUGGGAUGAUGGGUAAUAAAGGUGGUGUGGCCGUGAGGUUUGAACUGUUUGAUACCUCAUUCUGUAUCAUCAACAGCCACCUGGCAGCCCACAUGGAGGAGUAUGAGAGGAGGAACCAGGAUUACAGGGAUAUCAAUUCUCGCCUGCAGUUUCGUGAUCUUCUUGGCUAUGACAAUCCACAAUCUAUCACUGAUCAUGAUCGCAUAUUCUGGUUGGGUGACCUAAACUACAGGAUAAGUGGUCUUGAUCUUGAGAGAGUGAAGAAAGAAUGUGAUGCUGGUAAUUACAGCGUGUUGUAUGAAUAUGACCAGCUCAUUCAACAACGAUCUCUGAAGAAUGUAUUUUUAGACUAUGAAGAGGCACCCAUCAAGUUCAAACCAACAUAUAAAUAUGACACAGGGACUGACUCAUGGGAUACAAGUGAGAAGUGCCGGUGCCCCGCCUGGUGUGACAGGGUGAUGUGGAAGGGAGAGCAUAUAGAGAAUGAAGCAUACAGGAGUCAUCCCAUACUGAAGACUAGUGACCACAAACCAGUCAGUGCAUACUUCUCUGUCAAGGUAAAGAAGAUUGACAUAGAAUUAUACCGAAAAACAUAUGAGGAAAUGAUGAAAAAACUGGACAGACUAGAAAAUGAGUUUUUACCAUCAGUCACCUUAGACAAAUAUGAGGUUAAAUUUGAGAAUGUUCUAUUUAUUGAGCCACAGGCAAAAACAUUACAAAUCACAAAUACUGGACAGGUUCCUGUGCAUUUUGAAUUCAUCAACAAAUUAAAGGAGAAAUCUUUCUGUAAACCUUGGCUAUCUGUCAAACCGUUUUCUGCUGAUAUUCUGAUGGGGGAUUCUGUGACUAUUGAUUUGGAAGUUUAUGUGAACAAAGAUACAGCCCCAACUCUCAAUGCAGGGGAUGAUACAAUAGAGGACAUAUUGGUGCUUCAUUUAGAAGGAGGGAAAGACUUCUUUAUUUCUGUAACUGGUUCAUAUACCCCAAGUUGUUUUGGUUCCUCCAUUGAGAGUCUAGUCAAUAUGGUGGACCCGAUAAGAGAGAUACCCACAGACACCCUUAUCAGUUUGGAACAUAUUCCUACAUCUCCUGCUGGUGAGAAGAGGAAGUCUUUCUUUGGAGACAAUGUAGAACCACUUGAUAUUCCAAAAGAAUUGUACAGGCUGGUGGACUACAUAUACAAGCAAGGAAAAGAGGAGGAGGAGUUGUUCCAGCAGCCUGGUUUACAUACGGAGAUCCAGUGGAUCCGGGACUGUCUGGACACAGGGACCCCAGACACCAUGUCUGGAAGUGUCCAUUCUGCUGCUGAAGCUUUGCUCAUGUUCUUGGAGGCACUGCCAGAGCCUGUCAUUCCAUAUGAUCUUUACCAGCCGUGUCUAGAUUCUGCAAUAGAUUUUGAAACAUGUAAAAAGAUCCUGCUCCAUAUGCCUCCUGCCCACCACAAUGUCUUUGUUUACAUCAUGGCAUUUCUUAGGGAGUUGCUCAAGUACAAGCAGGUCAAUGGAGUAGAUGUUGGCAUACUGGCCCCUCUGUUUGGCGGUGUUGUUCUCCGCCCACCACCAGAGGGAAGCAAUAAGCGAGCCAAGUCCCAAGAGUACAGCAAGAGAAGCCAGUUUGUGCAGCAUUUCCUCCUCAAUGAAUAUGACUGUAACUAGACAACCACUACUAACUAUGUGUUACCUGAGCUGCUUGCUGGGAACAGCAAAAAUUAUGGUGCAUACAUGUUGACUGUUUAAAACUAACACAAUUAAGAUUGUAAUGAUGUAUAUUUUGGAUGCUCUCAUUGGUUGUAUUUCUGGUUUUACUCCAAAUGGAGGAUGUAAGUUGUAUGUAAUGGAUAGGGCUAUAUGUCAUUGAAGUAUUGAACCUCUUUUUAUUAACUGUGUAGAAAUAGAAUGGCUGUGAUUAGAUAUUUCUGUUAUGAUAUUUACAAAUGAUGUCAGAACUGGUUUUAUUUCAACAAAAGAAACUCUGGCUCUUUUAGAUUGUAUAUAAAUCAAGGACUUGGUUAAGUGUAUUUACAUCCAGACAGAAAAAAGACGUUUAUCUGCCACAGUUUGGACUUUUCAUAAACUUCUAAUGACUGGAACAUGAACUUUUUAGAGUUCAAAAAUAUAAUGAUUUACUAUGUAUAUGUAAAUAUGUAUGCAUUGCAUGUAAUUAUUUAUUUAUGGUUUGGAGAUAAACUUAAUUCAUCAUA